ACUUGUCUAUUGUUAUUGGCAAAGCUGGCUCAGAAGUUCUGAAUCACAUUAUAUCCAUUUGCUUUGGAGAUCAGGGAGAAAAGAGUAAGGAAAGGGAUAGAAAAGCAAAAACUAAGGGCUGUUGGGCAUGCUAUUUCUCUCUUCCUGGCAUAAAGAUGACAACAACCUCUGAGAAAGCAAAGGGAAAGGAGUAGCAAAAGAGCUGCAAGCAAGUAGGCUUAGCUGCAGAGGGAAAAUGUGAAGCCUGAAGAAUCAACUCAUUAUAUGAAUGGAAGGAUGGUGAUCCUCCAAGUAUUCCUGGUGCAGCAUCUGCUCUCCAGUCUUGGACCUGUGAAGGCUUUCUUAGGAUCUCAGUCCAGCCAGAAUCAUUUGCAGAAUGCAGCAUCUGGCUUAUGUGAGAUGGAGACCUCUGGAUAUUAUAAUGGGUCACUGGAUGUGACAGUCUCUGGGUCAACAUGCUUGAACUGGUCUGACUUCCCUGAUUAUAUUCAGCAGUAUCCCAACCGGGGGUUAGGGAAUCACAAUUACUGCAGGAAUCCUGAUGGCGAGGCAAUACCUUGGUGCUUUUACCAACUUUCCUCUGGAGCAGUUGGUUGGGCUAACUGUGACUGUCGCCAAGGUGCUGUGCGACUGAAGGAGGGUGGCCGGGUGGAGUUACACUUUAAUGGGCUGUGGGGCAGUAUCUGUGGGGACCACUGGACAGACCGGGACGCUAGCGUGGUUUGCAGACAGCUUGGGCUCAGCACAAUUGGCACAGCCCAAAGGGAGAGCUAUUCUACUCUGGGGCCCAUACCUGUCCACCUGCAGUCUGCAAACUGUCGUGGGGAUGAGAAGACGCUGUUGCAAUGCAGUUACCAAAAGAUGUUCAAAAUCUGCAUUCAGGGAGCUGCAGUGGCAAACUGUGUCCCACCUCAAGGUGAAGGCUUUCCACUUCGUCUGGUAGGAGGGGAAAACAACUUUGAGGGUCGAGUAGAAGUUUACCAUAAUGGCCACUGGGGCACCAUCUGUGAUGACCACUGGGAUGACAAGGAUGCUGAGGUAGUCUGCAGACAGCUGGGCCUCAGUGGAAUCCCAAAAGCUAUCUCCUGGGCCUACUUUGGGCAGGGCUUGGGCCCAAUCCUCCUUGAUGAAGUGGAGUGUUCAGGCAAUGAGUUGUCACUUGAUCAGUGCAAGAAGAGUGGUUGGGGAGACCAUAACUGUGACCACAUUGAAGAUGCAGGGGUAACCUGUAACCCGUUUUCAGAAAGCAGCAUCCGACUGGCAGGAGGCCACAGCCCAAAUGAAGGAAGGGUGGAAGUAUACUAUAAUGGAGGCUGGGGAUGUGUAUGUGAUGAUGGCUGGACAGGUAUCAAUGCUCAGGUGGCUUGCAGACAGCUGGGCUUCAGUGGCCCUGCCAGGCUGGCAUCAGAGGGGGAAUUUGCAUCUGGUCAAGGCUUCAUCUUACUGGAUGAUGUGGCUUGCACAGGCACUGAGCGAUCUCUCUUUGACUGCCCCCAUAGCAACUGGGGCCAGCAUGAUUGCUCACAUGAAGAAGAUGUAGGAGUCCAUUGUUCCCUGGAUAGCAAUAAGAUCACUGAAGAGGCUGCAGAAUUCCCUCUGCGGCUGGUGGAUGGGGGAAGCACCAAAGAAGGGCGCAUAGAGAUUUUCCUGAAUGGGCAAUGGGGCAGCAUCUGUGGUGAUGGCUGGACAGAUAAAGGUGCAGCUGUGGUGUGCAGGCAACUGGGACACAGUGGUGUUGCAAAAGCCAAAACUGUGGCUUAUUUGGGCAAAGGGCACAUACCCAUCCAUCUAAACAGUGUGGAAUGCAGUGGCACUGAACACACCUUGGGGCAGUGUAUUAUUCAUGAAAAUGGCAUUCACAACUGCUUGCACAGUAAAGAUGCUGGAGUGAUCUGUGACUAUGUGGCAAAGGAGAACCACCUGGUAAGAAAUUCAGGUCCAAUAUUUGGGAUGUGUGGACUGAGAUCACUUCAUCGCAAGAAAAGGAUAAUUGGUGGAAUCAAAUCUCUCAGAGGAGGUUGGCCAUGGCAGGUCUCAUUACGUCUAAAGGGGUUUCACAGAGAUGCUCGCUUGCUGUGUGGAGCAACACUUAUCAGCAACUGCUGGGUAGUGACAGCAGCACAUUGCUUCAAAAGGUUUGGAGUAGAUGUGCGGCGCUAUCUUCUUCGAGUGGGAGACUACCAUACUGGUAUGAGAGAUGAAUUUGAGAGAGAGUUGCCUGUGGAGAAGAUUGUCCUUCACAGGAACUUCCAGCCCAACAGCAAUGACAACGAUAUUGCCCUUGUCAGAAUCCAGGGCAAAGACGAGAAGUGUCUUUCCUUCAGCCACCAUGUCCGUCCUGUCUGCCUGCCCAACAGGAAGGAGAAAGCUGCCAUAGACAGACAGGCUUGCUUCAUAUCUGGAUGGGGAGACACAGGGAGGUCAUAUUCAAGGACAUUACUCCAAGGUUCAGUACCCCUUCUCCCAAGAAAAGUGUGCAAGUCCCGUUAUGGGAAGAAAUUUAGUAAUCGUAUGCUCUGUGCUGGAAACCUCUCUGAAGAAAACCGGGUGGACAGCUGUCAGGGAGACAGUGGGGGACCACUUAUGUGUCAGAGAUCAAAUGGACGCUGGGUAAUCCUAGGAAUCACCUCCUGGGGUUAUGGAUGUGGGCGAAAGGAUUCCCCUGGUGUUUACACAAAAGUCAGCAAAUUUGUGCCCUGGAUUAAGAAAGUGACCAAACUUAUUUGAGAAUGUCAACCCAAACAUGGAAUUUACCCAGCAGGAUUUAAAACUGAUCAGUGGCCUACAGGCAUAUCUUCAUUCUUUCUCUGUUUAUGUGUUUGCUAUUCCCACGGGUAUCAAAGCAGGUUUGUUUUAAGUGAGCAUUGCCAACAGACUUUACGCUAUUGAAGAGAGUGGGUGAAUUAAAUUCUGAAACCGCCCUUAAUGAUUCUGUAUUCAUCUCAAGCCCUGCUGGUUGAAUGAGAAGUAGUGACAAUUCCAGUCUCCUCCAGGGGCAAAGAAGUAAAAGGGCUUUAUUGUAAACUCAACUACAGUUCAACUUCUGAAUACAAUGUUAUGGUUCUAGAGAAUUAAAAUUUCUUAUUAUGUUUCUGCAGUAAUAUAAUAUACAAUAUACCCAAAGGCAUGUUUCAUGAUCGGAUUUGGAUGAGAAGAAACAUCCUAAGCAAUACCCGCUCUUGUCUGUAUUUGGGUCUGUAUUUGGUAACCCUUAAUUUGGGUUGGUUUUUUUUUAAUGCCGUGUACUGAGAUUACCAGUUUGAUAUAUAGAAUACCUCCUCUUC